CCUGACACCGGGGUACCCCCCCCACCGGGAUACCCUGGGACACACCGGGAUACAUUGGGAUACACUGGGACACACCCCCCCGCGACACCGGGAUACGCUCCACGCACGGGACCCACCAGGAUAACCCCCGACACCGGGAUACCCCCCGCGGGACUCCGGGACACACCGGGGUAACCCCCAGGAUACACCCCCCGGGACACACCCCACACCGGGACACCGGGAUACAGCCCUGGCACACCCGAGACCCCCCCCGAGAACGGGAUACCCCCCCGGGGUACCCUGAACACCGGGAUACCCUCCUGUGUCCCUGUGCUGCCUGGCACUGCCACCCUGUCCCCAUGUCCCCUGUUUGGUGCUGCCACCCUGUCCCCAUGUCCCCUGUAUGGCACUGCCACCCUCUCCCCAUGUCCUGGUGCUGUUGGUGCUGCCACCCUGUCCCCAUGUCCCCCUGUUUGGUGCUGCUACCCUGUCCCCAUGCUGUUAGUGCUGCCACCCUGUCCCCAUGUCCCCCUGUAUGAUGAUGCCACCCUGUCCCCAUGUCCCCAUGCUGUUGGUGCUGCCACCCUGUCCCCAUUCCCCCUGUAUGGCACUGCCACCUUGUCUCCGUGUCCCUGUGCUGUGUCCCUGUGUUCCCCUGUUUGGUGCUGCCACCCUGUCCCCAUGCUGUUGGUGCUGCCACCCCAUCCCCAUGUCCCCCUAUAUAGUGCUGCCACCCCAUCCCCAUGUCCUGGUGCUGUUGGUGCUGCCACCCUGUCCCCAUUCCCCCUGUAUGGCACUGCCACUCUCUCCCCAUGUCCCGGUGCUGUUGGUGCUGCCACCCUGUCCCUGUGCUGUUAGUGCUGCCACCCUGUCCCCAUGUCCCCCUGUAUGUUGAUGCCACCGCGUCCCCGUGCCCCGGCGCUGCUGGUGACGCGGGGCUGGCGCAGCCCUGUCCCCAGCCUGGAGCAGAUGCUGGCCGCCAACCCCGGGAAGACGCCCAUCAGCCUGCUGCAGGAGUAUGGCACUCGCAUAGGGAAGACCCCGGGCUACGACCUGCUGAAGGCCGAGGGCCAGGCCCACCAGCCCAACUUCACCUUCCGCGUCACCGUCGGGGACAUCAGCUGCACCGGGCAGGGACCCAGCAAGAAGGCGGCGAAGCACAAAGCGGCCGAGGUGGCCCUGAAGCUGCUCAAAGGGGGGGACAUGCUGGAGGCCGCCACCCCCGAGGAGCCCAGCAUCCCAAGGGAUUUGGGGGUGUUUGGGGGGUUCAGUUGCUCUGCGCCCAUCUCCCCGCCCAGGGGCACCCCCCUGGAGAUGAAGAGCCCUGUGGCCCCCCCCCAGGCCGAGUGUAACCCCGUGGGGGCCCUGCAGGAGCUGGUGGUGCAGAAGGGCUGGCGCCUGCCCGAGUACACGGUGACGCAGGAGUCGGGGCCGGCGCAUCGCAAGGAGUUCACCAUGACCUGCCGCGUGGAGCGCUUCGUGGAGAUCGGCAGUGGCACCUCCAAGAAGCUGGCGAAGCGCAACGCGGCCGCCAAGAUGCUGGUUCGGAUCCACAACGUGCCCAUGGAGCAGCGGGAGGGCAGCGAGGCCGAGGUGGAGGAGGAUCAGUUCUCCAUGGGGUGCCCCCGGCUGGAGGGGCUGCGGGGCCGGGCCCCCGGCUGCACCUGGGACUCGCUGCGCAACUCGGUGGGUGAGAAGAUGCUUCAGCUGCGGAGCCACCCGCUGGCACCCAUGGGUGCGGGCGCCUGCGCCCUGCUGCAGGAGCUCUCCGAGGAGCAGAGCUUCGCCAUCAGCUACCUCGACAUCGACGCGCUGAGCCUCAGUGGGCUGCACCAGUGCCUGGUGGAGCUCUCGACCCAACCGGCCACCGUGUGCCAUGGGGCAGCCCCAUCGCGCGCCGGCGCCCGCGCCCAGGCUGCCCGCAACGCGCUGCAGUACCUGCGCGUCAUGGCCGGGGGCAAGUGACCCCCAGGGGCACCGCCGGGACCCACGGACAGACCCACGGACAGACCCACGGACCCAUGGACAGACCCACAGCCAGACCCACAGACACAUGGACAGACCCACAGACACAUGGACAGACCCACGGACACAU